UUACCUGUCAGCGGCGGAGAGGAGGCGGGAGGGGACGGUGCGGUGCGGCGUGGCGGGAUGGAGGGGCUCAUCCCGCUCGUCAACCGGCUGCAGGACGCCUUCGCGGCGCUGGGCCAGAGCUGCCUGCUCGACCUGCCGCAGAUCGCGGUGGUGGGUGGGCAGAGCGCCGGCAAGAGCUCCGUGCUGGAGAACUGCGUCUCCAGGGAUUUUCUUCCACGAGGUUCUGGAAUUGUAACAAGACGACCAUUGGUCUUGCAACUCAUCACUGCCAAAACAGAGUAUGCUGAAUUUCUACACUGCAAAGGGAGGAAAUUUACUGAUUUUGAUGAAGUUCGUCAGGAAAUUGAAGUGGAAACAGAUAGAAUAACAGGAGUGAACAAAGGCAUUUCUUCAAUUCCUAUUAAUUUAAGAAUAUAUUCUCCACAUGUCUUAAGCCUGACUCUCAUUGAUUUGCCGGGAAUCACUAAAGUGCCAGUAGGGGAUCAGCCUCCAGAUAUUGAGCAGCAGAUCAGAGACAUGAUAAUGCAGUUCAUCUCUCGAGAAAACUGUCUGAUACUGGCUGUGACUCCAGCUAACACUGAUCUGGCCAACUCAGAUGCACUGAAGUUAGCUAAGGAAGUGGACCCUCAAGGCCUUAGGACCAUUGGUGUGAUCACAAAAUUGGAUCUGAUGGAUGAAGGAACAGAUGCAAGAGAAAUUCUAGAAAACAAGCUACUCCCUCUUCGUAGAGGUUAUAUUGGUGUUGUAAACAGAAGCCAGAAAGACAUUGAUGGGAAGAAGGACAUAAAGGCAGCUCUUCUAGCAGAAAGGAAAUUCUUUCUUUCCCACCCAGCGUAUAGGCACAUGGCAGAUCGUAUGGGAACACCAUACCUCCAAAAAGUUCUAAACCAGCAACUUACCAAUCAUAUUCGGGAUACCCUGCCAGCCUUCAGAAGCAAACUCCAGAGCCAGCUGCUUUCUAUAGAACAUGAAGUAGAAGUAUACAAAAACUUCAGACCAGAAGAUCCAACCAGAAAAACGAAAGCCCUGUUGCAGAUGGUACAACAGUUUUCAGUGGAUUUUGAAAAAAGAAUCGAAGGAUCAGGAGACCAGGUUGAUACACUAGAACUUUCAGGAGGUGCCAAAAUCAAUCGUAUUUUCCAUGAACGUUUUCCUUUUGAGCUAGUGAAGAUGGAAUUCAAUGAGAAGGAGCUGCGGCGGGAAAUAAGUUAUGCCAUCAAGAACAUACAUGGUAUCAGAACAGGUUUGUUUACUCCAGAUAUGGCAUUUGAAGCCAUUGUUAAGAAACAGAUAGUCAAACUGAAAGGACCUUGCCUAAAAAGUGUGGAUCUGGUGAUGCAAGAGUUAAUCAACACUGUCAAGAAGUGCACUAAAAAGUUGGCAACAUAUCCAAGGUUGUGUGAGGAAACAGAAAGAAUUGUGGCUGGCUACAUUCGUGAAAGAGAAGAGAAGACCAAGGAUCAGGUGCUGCUGCUGAUUGAUAUCCAGGUUUCUUACAUCAACACUAACCACGAAGACUUCAUUGGCUUUGCAAAUGCCCAACAAAGAAGCAGUCAGGUUAACAAAAGUGCAGUGGGAAAUCAGGUCAUCCGGAAAGGCUGGCUGACCAUCAACAAUAUUGGCAUCAUGAAAGGCGGAUCCAAGGAAUACUGGUUCGUUCUAACUGCAGAAAGCUUGUCCUGGUAUAAAGAUGAUGAGGAAAAAGAGAAGAAAUAUAUGCUUCCUUUGGACAACUUGAAAGUGCGAGAUGUUGAAAAGAGCUUCAUGUCUAGCAAACAUAUCUUUGCAUUGUUUAACACAGAACAGAGGAAUGUUUACAAGGAUUACCGUUUCCUUGAGCUAGCCUGUGACUCCCAAGAGGAGGUGGAUAGCUGGAAGGCAUCUCUGCUGCGAGCCGGUGUCUAUCCUGAUAAAUCCUCAACUGAAAACGAAGAGAAUGGCCAAGCAGACAAUUUUUCAAUGGACCCCCAGCUGGAGAGACAGGUGGAGACAAUUCGAAAUCUUGUGGACUCCUACAUGUCUAUUAUCAACAAAUGUAUCCGAGAUUUGAUACCGAAAACCAUCAUGCAUCUUAUGAUCAAUAAUGUAAAAGAAUUUAUCAACGCAGAGCUCCUGGCUCAUUUGUAUUCUUCUGAGGAUCAAAACACACUAAUGGAGGAGUCAGCUGAGCAGGUACAGAGGCGAGAUGAAAUGCUCCGCAUGUACCAGGCACUAAAGGAAGCCCUAGCAAUCAUUGGCGAUAUUAGCACUAGCACUGUCUCAACCCCUGCACCCCCUCCUGUAGAUGACUCUUGGCUUCAGCAGGCCCGCAGAUCACCUCCUCCAAGUCCCUCAACUCAGAGGAGGCCUACAUUAAAUAAUCCCCCAACCAGACCUUUAUCUGGCCGAGGACCUGCUCCUGCAAUCCCAUCUCCAGGCCCUCAGUCUGGGGCUCCCCCCGUCCCGUUCCGCCCAGGACCACUGCCUCCUUUUCCGAGUAGUGGUGAAACCCUUGGAGGACCUCCCCAGGUUCCCUCUCGGCCAACUCGGGCUCCUCCCAGCGUCCCAAGAUCUAUAGGACAUAUCGUAAAAUAUAGUUAUGUGCAUGCCUUCCACAAGUGUUCUCCGGUGGUCACAAGCAAACAAGAAUGUAAAAUUCGAAGACCACCCCCUUCACCUACUCGUCCCACUGUAAUUCGUCCAUUAGAUUCAUCCCUGUUAGACUAAAAGAAGUUUCUGGCAUGUUAGUCGUUGUUAACCAAAUAUGUGGAAGCAAAUUGCUUGAUAACUGUUGCAAUAACCAAUGUAUAGUCGCAUGUAUGGACAUCUAUAGGCAAGUAACCUAUUUUACUGAUAUACUCUCUGUCCAUUCUACAUUGUUUAUGAGGUCUUAAAUGUUUUGGGAAGGUCUGUGCUGCCUUGACUUCUCCUUUUGCAAUAGCUGAUGUUAGCUAACUUACUGACCCAUUUCUUCACCCAGGCAACUGUGCUCACAGUCCUGUACAGCGAAUGGAGGGCUUGACUUUGUGUGCAUUUGUGCACAUGUUGAUUUGAUCUGCUUCUUUUUUUACCUCUUAUGUGAAAGGAGUCUUGCUUAUAUUUGUACCUUUCAGGUUUUCUGUCGUUUGGAAUUACACAGUUAUGCCUAUUUUCUCUUUUAAUGGCUAAACUGGGAAAAGCAAAGCAAUGUGGUUUCUUACCAAGCUCUUCUGAAGGCCCCACACUUCCAUGUCUUCCAUGCAAGAACCUUGCUGGAUGGCUGCUUCUCCUAUAAUUUAUCCUUAUCCGAAGUCUAGUUUUUAAGGAAUGUUGUUAAACAAGAAGGGUGUAUAUGGGACAAUGCGUGUUUUACUUUAUUUCCACAUUGACAGCUGACAUGCAAAGUUGGCUGGGUGGUUGGUUAGGAGCAGGCUGCACUGCCCCAGCUUACAGGGCUCCUUGUGGAGCCAUCUCACCCUGCAGGAAGAAUGUGAAAGGGCAGUUUGAAGAGCCAGUACGUGACAGAGCAGUGUGUGCCAGUUUGUUUUGUCCUCUACUAGUGCUUGCUCACACUUGUACUCCCACUGAACUCACGGGAAGUCUUGGGGGUAUGUGAGUGCAUGUAAUAAGGUGAAUGUACUGCACGGCAGGAUCCAGAGAACUAAGCGUUGCUUUUGGUCCUUUUGUGAAACAGAAGGAGAUAAGAUACAGAUACAGACGUAGAUAUAUGAAUAGCUGUAAAUGGGCUGAUGCUCCUCUGCCCACUGUUCGAGCCAAUUCACAGAGCUCUGACCUAGAUUUGCACCUGAGCUUUCCAAGUCCAGUUUGGAUUUGAGAUAUUUUCUUACACCGGUUGAUAAAAUUCUACUACGCCCCCUGUAUAAAGAUUUUAUCUUUGCAUCACUUGAAGUCCUGCACACCUCAGAUUAGGGUCGCUUUAUCCAACUAGGUACUGAGAAGUACUCAGCUCUGCAUCUUGGCAAUGGAUUAUUUUAGUAGAUGUUCACUUGCAGAGGUCCUCUCUGCCUGCUGUUUUGCACAUUAUAUAUGAAUGUGUUAUAAAAACCUUUUGUCUUAACUGCAUUACUUCACUUUAAACACUUUGGGUCAGUGUCACCCUUACAGCUUAAAACUUACUGAGUUAACAGAAUUAAACUAGAGAUGAAUUUGGCCUCAUUUCUUCAGAAAAUAUUAAUUGCUGUUAUUACAACUAUGGUUACAGAUCCCCAGGCAAAUCAACUGGUGGUUUCAAAGUCCCCCAGUAUAAUUGGUCUAAUACAUUCAUUUACUGAGACUGCAUGGAGGGCCCCAGUAUGCUGUGUCCCCAUGGUUAGGAAGAAUCCAAUCAAAGAGCCACAACAAAUGGGGAUUUAGCCUAUUAAGUAUUCCCAGACUGCUGAUUAGUUGUGCUCACCACUGAAGCAAAUCGUGUUUCAGCUUGCAUAAGAGAGACGAGCUUGGGAAAGCAUCAUUAUUUGUAUGUUAGCUUAACUUUAAUUUCCUGUCAGCCUCAUACUUGUGACACACCUGGGGAGUCUAGAGGUCAACAUUUGAAGCACAGUGAAGAUGGAGUUUGUCAGAACACCAGCAUCUUGGUGAUCUCAGAAGAUUGCUUAAGUGGACGGUGGUUGUUUGGAGAACAGGCCCAGAUCUCCAACGCCAAGUGCACAGAAACAGUUUUCAAGGAAAAAAAAAAAGGUUACAAUCCCAACUACAGUCAUACUAACUUUCAUUACAAAAAAAUCCCCAUAUUUUGAUUAUUUUUCUCAUAUCCUACACAGUUUUCCACUGUGUAGCGUGCUCUGCUGUAACGUGCAAUGCAUCUAUUGUAUUUUUAUAAAUGGCAAUAGUAGUCCAUGCUGUUGCCUAGCCAGCAAUCCUGUAUAUAGUUUAUCAGAACUCUCUGUUACUGACUGGCAGAUGCCUGCUGAUGAAAAGCCAGGCCUAGUGCCUCAGCCGCAGAAAGUCACUUGAACCCCAAAUUUUGAUAUUUAUUCAGUGAUAUUGCAAGGCCGUGGUCUGGGUUAAUCUCACCAUACCCCAAGCACUUGGUGUAGUUGUCCAGUGUUCCCUUUGUUCAGUGGGAAGAGGCAGCACCUCCAGAAGGUGAUUCAGACUGGUGUGGCUGCAUGGGAGAUGAGGGUGGUAAUGCCAGCAAGUUAGGAACCUCAAUUAGAUGACAUAGAUCAUGGCCUAAAACCAUGUUUUUAAAGCCUCUGUACUUAAUUUACUUUGAUGACUCUUUCUGUCAAGUGUAAAGAAGUAGGUAGCACGAUUCAGCACUGUCCUUAACUCUGCCCCCCAAGAAAUUUUAUUUCUCAGCAGUAGUCCUGAAUUGUAAAUGAAGCUCCCAAGGGUAGAUUUACCCGAAAGAGGAGGAAGAGGCAGUGCAGGCGCCUGUGGCCCCACAGUCAGCACCAUCUGGUUCUGCACUUGAUGUUGAGGUCGUGGGACACAGCUGCACAGCCCUUCCUCCCUCUGCAUCCUCAUUCAGAUCACAUCUAAAUCUGGCCCUGUGCCCGAAAUGCAACACUUGUAGGUGUGCAGGUUAAUAAUUAACCUUGAGCACAAAUCCAGAGUCUGAUGAUUUUACCUCUUGCAUAUACACUUUUCAGAAUAAACUACAUAAAAUUGUUGUUUCUAGGAAAAAUGCUAAAUGCU